AUGGAAGUGCAAAGACGAGAUGAAAACCCUUUCGAGUCGGUCAUUGAUGUUGUCGUACGACCUGCUGCAGGGGUUGGAGGCACGGGAGAGCGCCAGCUUGAAUCCAUCUUGCAGUCUGCCCUGCGACAGCUCAUUCCUGUCAAGAACUUCCCUCGCUGCCUCAUUCAGGUUACACUCCAGGUGACGGAAACGCCCCAGAACGACUAUGUGAACAGCAAAGUUGUUCAAGCCAAGUCUAAUCUGACUCUACUUCCGGCAUUGCUUCACGGUGCUGUCUUGGGCUUGCUAUCGGCUGCCGUGCCUUUAAAAGCGAUCGCCACCUGCACUGCGGUAGCCGUUCUCAACAACGGCAACAAGAUUGUCGUUGAGCCGUCGCCGUCGGAAGCAGAUCAGGCAACAUCACUCCAUGCUCUGAGUUUCACGUCCCAGGAUGAUUUGCUUCUGGCAGAGAGUGAGGGAUCAUUCUCCAUGAGUGAGUGGGACAAGGUGGUGAGCACAGGUCAGCGCGCAUGCGGCCAGCAUUUCCAGGAGGAUCAGGGUGCUGCGACGACGAGCGAGGACGGCCAGGCUUCGACAGACAUGCGGCACUUUAUUCGGACGGUGAUGGAGUCGAGAGUGGCGUGA